CCCGAGCUAUGUUGAAAAACUUCCAACGCUGUAUCAGCCAGGAGACCUUUCAAUUUUGUAAAAUCUGCAUCGUUGGGGCAAAUGGUGGUGUGGGUCGUAGCCUGGCCCAACAAUUGAAGCAGAAUAAUCGUUUCAGUGAAAUUUGUCUCUAUGACAUUACCUGUACCAAGGGCUUGAGAGCGGAUCUAUCACACAUCAACACCCUACCCGAGGUGACGGCCUAUAGUGGUGCGGAAAAUCUCGUCGAGUCCCUGAGAUGUUGUGACAUAAUGGUGCUGACUGGUGGUCAAUCUCAUUCCAAGGGAAUUACAAGUCGCGAACAAAUGUUUGAGGCCAAUGCCAAGAUAAUGGUCAAACUCAUCGAUGCCCUGGUCAAGGCCAAUAAGGAACAGCCGCAUAUUCAUAUUGUCACAAAUCCGAUCAAUUCCUUGGUUCCCCUAACGGCGGAAUUGUUAAAGAAACAUGGCAUCUAUAAUGCCAGACGUUUGAUUGGUUGCACCAAAGUUGAUGGCAUGCGGGCUGCCACAUUUCUGGCCGAGCACAUGGAAGUGGAUCCAAGAUAUGUUGAAGUUCCCGUUAUUGGUGGUCAUUCGUCAAAAAGUAUUGUCCCGCUUAUCUCACAAUCCCAACCGAAAUUUGCUCUGGAUGACGAAACGCAAAUGAAAAUUGCCCAGAGAAUUAUACAUGGUGGUGAAGAGGUGGUCUUGGCCAAAAACCACAAAGGAGCUGCCCAACUCUCGAUGGGCUAUUGUGUGGCUCAAUUUUGUGAUUCUUUGGUUCGCUCAAUGCAGGGCGAGAAAAAUGUUAAGGAAGUGGGUUUUAUACCGUCUGACGUCAAUGACGUGCCAUAUUUUGCUUGUCAAUUUGAAUUAGACAAAGAGGGGAUACGAGGAUGUAAGAGAUUGCCACCGAUGUUGCCAUUCGAAAUAAAUCUUUAUAAUCAAGCUAGGGAGGAUAUUCGACGGAAUGUUGAUAUAGCUAUGGAAUUUAUGGACAAAAAUAAACUGAAGUGACUAUGAAUACCUUAAAAUGUUGUUAUAUUUUUAGUUGUAUAACAGUUUUUCAAAGCUGAUAUACACAUACAUAUGUAUGCAAUAUUAAUAUUAUUAGAUUUUAGAAACAUUUUCAUAAAUAUGACGCAUGUAUAACAGUUUCGCAAAACUGUUAUACGUAGGAAAAUUUA